CCCGCCCCUUCAGGACCACAGUUCGCUGACUAAAUGUCGGAAGUGUGAACGGGGACGUCAACCAAGCUGACUUUCCAGGAUAGACAUCCGAAAGGGACAUGCUGUUAAAUCCAGUUAUAUCCAAACUGAGAGGUAAGCUCGUUGUCUUGGCAAGUGCAUCCCCAAGACGCCUGGAGAUUUUGACUAAUGCUGGUUUACAAUUUGAGGUUGUGCCCUCAUGGUUUAAAGAAACCUUGGACAAAUCCUUAUUUAAAACCCCUUAUGAAUAUGCAGUGGAGACCGCCAAACAGAAAGCUUUGGAGGUGGCUCAUCGAAUGCCUUUUAAACACCUGAAAACUCCAGAUAUUGUUAUUGGAUCGGACACUGUUGUGACAGUUGAUGGUUUGAUCUUGGAAAAGCCUACGGAUAAACAAGAUGCUUACCGUAUGCUGUCCAGGUUGAGUGGUAAGGAACAUAGCGUCUUCACAGGUGUGGCUAUUGUGCUCUGCAAUGACAAGAGUGGUUCAGACACAGACUACAAAGUGGUAGAUUUUUAUGAAGAGACUAAAGUUAAGUUUGCAGAGUUAUCUGAGGAAAUGCUCUGGGAAUAUAUCAACAGUGGAGAGCCUAUGGACAAGGCUGGUGGUUAUGGCAUCCAGGCUUUGGGUGGCAUGUUGGUGGAGUACGUGCAAGGAGAUUUUCUUAACGUGGUAGGCUUCCCUCUUAACCACUUCUGCAAGCAGUUGGGAUUGAUUUUCAAUAGUCCACCUGAGAGUCUUGCCCAUAAGAUCAAACGGGAAGAUUCAAGAGCAUCUGAUAAGAUUGCUCUGCAGGAAAUCAGUAAUGGUAAAGAUGCCAUUCGGACUUCUGUGCGAGAACAGAAUGUGAUGAGGCCAAAUUGCGAUAAGUGUGGCAGACAGGACGUUCCCCACAGUAUCUUGGACUUACUGGAUGGUUUCAAGGCCUCAAAGACUUUAUUCACUGCAUCCAAACUGAAGGUCUUUGAUGUAUUGAGUAUCUCUGACGGUCUGACAUUAGAAGAGGCAGCUGACCAAAUCAACGCCUCUGUUAUUGGCACUGAGAGGCUUCUGGAUGCUGCUGUAUCCUUAGGGCUACUUGAAAGGUCCAAACAGCAAGAUAAAAUAAAUGCAGUGUACAGGAAUACAGAACAGGCCAGUCAGUUCCUGGUAUCAGACAGCCCACUGUCUCUGCAUGGAUAUAUCCUCCACUGCAACGAAAUGGUCUGGCCUCUCUACAGUCAUCUAGAGAGUGCGGUCAGGGAGGGCACCAGCCAACAUGAGCGGGCCUUUGGGAAGAAGAAUGAGGAUGUGUUUCAGGAUGCCUACUACAGUAAAGAUGAAGUUAAGAUGCGAUUCAUGAAUGCAAUGCACAGCAUCGCAAGGGUGACUGGGAAAGACGUGGCAACAGCAUUUGAUCUUUCUCCAUAUAAAACAGCCUGUGAUAUUGGAGGUUGUACAGGUGCCCUGGCAUAUGAGUUUACAAAGGCCCACCCCGGACUGUCAGUAAUUGUAUUUGACUUGCCACAAGUCAUUGAGAUGAGACAUCACUUUCAGCUUAAAGAAGACAAUGACCGAGUUUCAUUUGUAGCAGGAGAUUUCUUUAAAGGUGACCUACCUAAAGCAGACCUGUAUAUCCUUGCACGGAUUCUCCAUGACUGGUCUGACGAGAAACUUGAUAUACUGCUGAGUAAACUGUCCAAAAUAUGCAUGCCAGGCUGUGGGCUUCUGGUGUCUGAGAUUCUUCUGGAUGAGGAGAGGAAAAGACCGAGCCGGGCCCUGCUUCAGGCCCUCAGUAUGACUGAAGGAAAGCAACGGAGCUCCACAGAAUACUGUGACUUACUGGAGAAGCAUGGCUUCACCCCCAAACACAUAAAACACACAGACAACCUGCUGGAUGCCAUGCUCUUUGUGAAAGAAGACCCAAAUGACAGAAGAACGUUACUUGCCUGUUCUUCGGCAUCCAUUGAGACAGCAAAACUUGAGUGAUGUGAAUGUUGUGCAUUUGAAACUACAGAUUAUUCUAGUUCAUUAACUGUUUAAAAUUUGUUUUUGAUUUUAUUGUCCUCACACACUGAAAUA